GUGUCCGCGCGCGCGUCAGCAUGAGAGCGGCGUGGGUGAAGCGCGCGCUGUUCACGCUGUGGGGCUGCGGGCUCGUGCUCUACCUGGGCUUUCACCUGAUGGUGAGGUAUGUGAAUCACGUGGAGACACAGAGUGGACUGGAGGCAUCACGAGCCGAGAGAAGGAUGUCACACCUGGAGGGGAGCAUCAACAAGCUCUACACAAUGAUGAAAUCCUUCGAGAAAAAGCAGGAUAGGAUUAAACUCAUUCUGGAAGAGGACAUAGACAGAUGGAGAAACGCUGCUAAAAUCCUGGAAGAGAGCCUGAACCGGGGGAGAGACGCUGCUGACGUCCAACAGCCUGAAGAUAAGAAAGCCUCCAAGAAGCAGCGUGAGCAGAAAGUCGCUAAGCUGUUCCCCAAUUCUGCUCUUUUCAAAUCGUGGGGAUCGAACCUGUCCGAGGACGACCAAAUGGAAGCAGAGACUUUGUUUAAGAAUUAUGGAUACAACGUGUUUCUCAGCGAUCGCCUUCCUCUCGAUCGAGCUCUCCCGGACACCAGAGACAAGAGAUGUUUGGACAAGAGUUACCCGAAGGACCUUCCCAGCCUGGCAGUGGUGCUGAUCUACCUGGACGAAGCCUUGUCUGUGCUCAAACGAGCCCUGCGCAGCAUCGUGGACCGCACUCCCCGAAACGUGCUGAAGGAGAUCGUCAUGGUGGACGACAACAGCUCUAAUGACGACCUGAAGGGGGACCUGGAUGCGUACAUAAAAACACUGGAGCAAGAGAAGCCCAGCGUCCGUUUCGUCAGGGUGAGGCACACGGAGCAGCACGGUCUCGCCCACGCCCGGGCGUCUGGAUGGAGAGCUGCCACCGCCGACGUGGUGGCCAUCCUGGACGCUCACAUCGAAGUCCAUGAGAUGUGGGCAGAACCGCUGCUGACUCAGAUCCAGGCCGACCGGACAGUGGUGGUCUCGCCCGUGUUUGACAAAGUCAACUUCGACGAUCUGGAAAUCGUUCAGUACUUCCCUGCAGCUCACGCCUUCGACUGGGCUCUGUGGUGCAUGUAUGAGAGUUUCAGCCCAGAGUAUUAUCUGAAGAACGACGGGUCGCUACCCGGGAAGAGUCCGUCCGUCAUGGGGAUCCUAGUUGCCAACAGGGAGUUUCUUGGAGAAAUUGGAGUCCUGGACGAAGGAAUGAAGGUGUACGGCGGAGAAAAUGUUGAACUGGGAAUUCGUGUGUGGACAUGCGGCGGCAGUGUCGAGGUCGUUCCCUGCUCCAAGAUUGCCCACAUUGAGAGGGAGCACAAGCCGUACAUGCUGGACCUGAGCAGCGCCAUGAAGAGAAAUGCCCUGAGGGUCGCGGAAGUCUGGAUGGACGAAUACAAGCACAACGUCAACCUGGCCUGGAACAUCCCUUUUGAGAAUCAUGGAAUCGAUAUCGGAGAUGUUUCAGAGAGGAAGAAACUGAGAGAAAGAUUGAAAUGUAAACCUUUCAAAUGGUACCUGGAGAACAUCUAUCCUAAACUGGAUCCCUGGCACAACAUACUGGCUUUUGGAGGAUUGAAGAAUCUUGACUCUGGCUUGUGCGUAGACCAGGGUAGAGUACCCGGGCACACCCCGGUGGCCUACCUGUGCCACUACUACGGACCGCAGAUGACAUAUUACAGAGGAAAUGGUGAGUUGUACAUUGGUGGCAUCAAGUCCCACAAAUACAACGACAAUCGGUGCUUAGCUGAUGUGGGCAAAAAUACAACCGAGCCCGGCCUGUACGACUGCAAAGAGGCUGCACAGAAAGGAAUGGGAAUACACUGGAACUUCACUCAGGGCCAAGAAAUCAGAAACAACAAAACAAUGAGAUGCCUAGAAAUCAAUCAAGGGCUACUCUUAAUAACUGAAUGCUCUGGCCAAAAAUGGGAAAUCCAAAAUAUAAUCAAACCAUUUUAAAUAAAUAUAUAUUUGAAUGUAUG